GUCAUUCGUGGCAUAGUUAAGCGUCAACACCAACGCCAUCAUCAGCUUCCCCCCUCUCAAUUGUUCACCGCUCGCCGAUCACUGAUCACGGUGCGCCGCCUUACAGCCUGCGCCAUAGCGGUGGACGAACGCGGCGGAAACAUUUUCGAGAUGUAAAAAUGUAAGUGGUAUUUUGAAAACCAUUUCAGUACUUUUCGAGAUUUCCAAGUGAUUAAACGUGUGCACAACUAACAACGUCCAAAGGCAAGCAACGAGCCAUAGAGGAGAAAAAGAAAACAGAAAACAAAACUCAUUUUUUUUGUGCAGAAUCAGUGAAAAUUGAAAAUUAUUUCCACAGAAGAGUACGACGGAAAAGUCAAUAUGCGAGUAUUGCAAAUUUUGGCAAUGCGUGUGUGUGGUGAUUUUAGAUUUUAAUAAUUCAGUGGAACUACUCGACCUACAGCAAUUGGGGCCAUUUUAUAGCGAAUGUAAUCGUGUGAAAACUUAUAGUAAUAAAAGCCUAUUGGACUAUAUAUUUAUUAUAUUUGAACUUACAACACCACUCACUGUUAACGAACUUUAAGUGCGAAUUUCGGAGAAUUGAGCGGACAGAAUCGCACAGUUUCGGCAAGUGGACACGUGGCUUCACUCAGUCGCUGCGUUGGCCACUUCCUUCUUACGCCGCUGAAUCAUCCAUCUAAUUAUUGUCUAUGCAUUAACUUUUCUCAUUUCACAAAAAUUUAACAAAAGUCGCAAAUAGUUAUUUCAAAAACGCUUUGUGAUUGACGAUUGGCGGAGGAAAUCUAUACAAUUCUACUUUUCUAAGUUACCAAGUCAACAGUAAAAGUGCUGUGCCAAGAUGACGAAGGAACAAGCAACCGCAAUACCGGAAGAACUGUACAACCUUACACAAUUGGCCGAGGUUACAUUAGCUGCUGGACGACUCAGCACAACCAACAUAACCGAAAUUAAGGACUACAUCAGACGGCACAAGACUUUGGAGUACCUCUCAGAUGAGACACCAUCCCCAACGACUACAUCUGAUGCCCCAAUGACAGAACCACAAAGCUACGUACCGGCAGCACCUACCGCGAACGAGAGCAAUGAGUUUUCGACUACUUUGUGGCGCAACAACCAGCAGUCGAUUAGUCAAACUCCACCUUAUGAGUCAAGAGAAUUUCAUAACGCCCAAAUAGAACACCAUAUUCGCAUUCCUGCCAUAGCAAUGACGCGUACAGCAUUCUAUUCAUCCUCCGAUGAUGACUCAAACUACUACAGUCACAAGGUUUUUGAUCGUAAGAAAUUACGGCGCUCCACAAUUUCCGACAACUCCCGCUAUGAUGAGCAUUCGUGUAGCAGUUUGCCGAGCUGCAGUAGUGAGGAGCCAUUUAUGGGUUCCUCAAGUAACUCGAGCAACUCAGAGAGCAUUAAGUUGUGCAAUGGUUCUGAGGGAAGCGCCAAUAGCAACCAUUUGGCCGAAGAUGAACACGUUUGUCCGGAGUGUGGCAAGAAGUAUUCGACAUCGUCCAAUCUAGCGCGACAUCGACAAACUCACAGGUCAAUAAUGGACAAAAAAGCGCGACGAUGCCCCUACUGUGAAAAAGUCUACGUCUCAAUGCCCGCCUUCAGCAUGCACGUGCGUACCCAUAAUCAGGGCUGUGAAUGCCAGUACUGCGGUAAAUGCUUCUCUCGGCCAUGGUUGCUGCAGGGCCACAUACGCACACAUACCGGCGAGAAACCCUUCAAAUGCAGCGUUUGCAACAAAGCCUUUGCCGAUAAAUCCAAUCUACGCGCACACAUACAAACCCAUUCGAACACCAAGCCACAUACGUGUGGACGCUGCGGCAAAGCUUUUGCGCUCAAAUCUUAUCUGUACAAACACGAAGAGUCAUCGUGCAUGAAGAACAACCAUCGUGUCGGUGAGUCGCGCUCAAACCGUAACUCUACCAAUUCCGCAAACGCAUCCUGUGCUAAAGCUAUGAGCACACAAUCGACUUCAGGUUCAGCCAAGUCCACCUUGGCGACAAAACUCUUGCAGAAGGAAAAAGAGCGACGACAAGCUACGAUGGGCUAUGCCGAAAUUACACCGGAAUCUGUAGAAAAACCCUUCGAAAUCCAUACCAUUCUGACGCUAACGGACAGCAAUGGCGUAAACAAAACGAAUGUGGUGCAAGAGAAAUCCUACACAAUGCUUACGAGUCCCAUGUCUCAGGAGGAGUAUGAACGCUUCGAACGUAUCAGUGUCAUACAAUCGGCCACGCCUAGUGAUCUCAUUUAUCGUGAGCAAAUCAUUAGCGUUCAAGGCUUCGCCGACACAGCCACACAUAUGCCCAUACAAUUGUGUAAUCUAAGAAAUGAGAUACAUGAAGAUCAGAUGCAAGAGCAGCCGAUGGACUUUUCGCCCAAAAAUAAUUUUACACAUUCAACAAAGACGAGCCCUUUUGAAUUGACCAGUAAUUAUGCAAUAUUGGCCUAAAGCAUGGAGCACUCAAAAUAUAAUAUAGUUCAAAAAGACAAUGAAACAUUUGAAAAAGUUAGACUGUUAGUAUGUUUGGAAGAAUGAGACGAUAUGCUAUAAAAAUUGUGAGUUCUAUAAAAAGUGCAUAUGCAUAUGGAAAAUGCGUAAAUGACCGGAUUAAGUUUGAAUUGAUAACUGAUUUUUAUACGAUUUUUAACAAAUACCCAGCUAAAAAGUUUGAUAGUUUUAAGCAAAAAAAAAACCGAAAUUAACAAAGACUUAGUCGGCCUUUUCUGGGAUAUUCUGUAAGUAUUUCGCAACAAGACAUCCUUUUUGGAAAUAGUGUUCGUCAAACGAUUGAGUGUGCCUCAUUUCAAAAUUGAAAAUGCUUAGUUCGAACCAACAGGAAAGACAAACCAAUUACAGCAUAAUCUUCCACAGGUGAGCACUCAUGCUUCCAGGGCUCUUGCCAGUUCUUAAGAGAUGUACACAUGGGAUAAUCGUUGGUACGAAAAUCGCAACGAAGUUAUUUGCACGUACGGCGCAUUUGGCCUAUUAAGCUGAUAUUUUUUAGAACCGGUUUUUUUAAUCUGUGGCUGAGAGCCUAUCGCCUGUAACGUUUGACUUGUCUUGCAAAAUUUGGUGUACAACUGUUUUGCUUACACAAUUUUACACUUUUCUUAGGCCUAGACAAUUCUUUUUUCAAAGGAUGCUUGUGAAGACUUUUAUAAAAUACUUAUUGAACCUAAAGAUUUUGUUAAUAUUUUAAUUGCAAUAAAAUAAUUCAAUAUGUUUGGCUCAGAACUUCGCAAACGUUUUGAAGUAGUGAAAUAAAUUCAGAUAUUAGUAUAAACGAAAAACAAAAAAAAUGCAUUAAAAAAAUAGUUUACCAAAGAAACAUUUGCACUUGUAGUUUAAUAGAAAACUGAUUGUGAUAAUUCUGAAAAAGAUUAGUAGUAGAAGAUUACAAAUUGUGUAAUAAGUAGAUACUUUCGUGUUUCUCACAAUGAACUACAUGAGAUAUAAGUAAAUAUAUGCAUACUCAUACGCACACACACACACAUAUAUAUAUAUAUGUAUAUAUAACACAUAUUACAUGCCUAUGUAUUUAUAAAAAAUGCAUAUGAACGUCUACAUAUAUUAAGAAUAAAUAUUAAAAACAAAAAUGAGUACUUCAUUCUAUAACAAAAAAAUAGAGUUACUUUAAAAUGUAAUAAUUUGUGGCAACUAAAUUUCAUAAUAAUGUGGAAAGGAAAAGGAGCAAAGAUAUUUAUCUAUGUAUUGUUUUUUUAACUAUCUUACCGAUUAAACCAUAUUUUCAAUAUUAUUUACCAUUAAUAUUAAUACAUUAUAAAAAAUAUAAAGGAAGGACUAGACAUUCAAUUAGGCUGAUAAAAAUUGUAGAUUGUGCUGAAAGCUCGCUUUCUCCCUUUCAAGCACUUCAACAGAAAUUUUUUACUGAAAUAUAUAUUAUUAUUAUUAUUUUUAUUGUAUUUAUGACUAAAAUUACAAAAAAAUAUUUAAGCACCAGUUACCAGGGAUGUACUGAAAUGUAUAUGAAAUUAUUGCUUAAAACGAUUUAGCAAAUACUUAGAGUGGGAAUUCUUGCUAUUAAAAAAACAAAAAAAAAACUGAAAAUGUCAGUAUUGCGAUCGGAUUAGAACGUUUUCUCAUUAAAUCAGUGAAGGGCAAGAGUGAGAGUCGGUCGUUAUAAUCACCCACCAGAAACACCGAAAAUAUCGCAGGCGUAAAUGCUGCAAUUCAGGAAAUGGGAAUCUCUCAUUAUCUGAGAAUCAUUCAAUAUGUUCUUAGUAAAAGAUGGAAAACUUAGUACUUCUAAAUUUUUUUAAAUUAUUUUCCAACAGAAUCUUCAAUUUCAAUGCUUUUCCAAGCGUUUUUCCAACUCAUUUAAGUUAACCAAAAAUUACGAUAUUUUAAGUCUGCUGCUAUUCAAAAGUUUGAAAUCUCUCCUUAUAAGAGAAUCAUUCAAUAUGUUCUUAGAAAAUGAUGACAAAUUUAAUUGUUUUAAAUUUUUUAAAACUAUGAUAUUUUCCAACGCAAUCUCCAAUUUCAACGCUUUUCCAAACGUUUUCCCAACUCAUUUAAGUCAUGUAAAAAUUAAGAUGUUGGAAGGUCUUUAAUCUGCUACAAUUCAAGUUGGAGUCUCUCAUUAUAUAAUAUGAGAAUCAUUGAAAAAUAUGGAAAAUUUAAUUAUUUAAAAAAUUUUAAAAUUAUUUUCCAUAUAAUCUCAAAUUUCAGCACUUCUCCAAGCGUUUUUCCAACUCAUUUAAGUUAUCCAAAAAUUAAGAUUUUGGAAGGUCCUCAGUCUGCUGCUACUCAGAAAUUUGGAAACUCUCAGAAAAAGGUAGAAAAAUCAAUUAUUUUAGAUUUUUUUUUUAAAUUAUUUUUUAACGUUUUUCCAAUUUCAACACUUUCCCAAGCGUUUUUCCAACUUAUUCAUCUAAAAGUCAAAUAAGAAUUAAGAUUUUGGAAAAUCCUCAAAAGAGGUAAACAAAUUUAAUUAUUUAAAAAAAACAGAAAUUAUUUUCAAACGCAAUCUCUAAUUUCAACACUUCUUCAAGCGUUUUUUUCAAUCCAUUUAAGUUAUACAAAAACUAAGAUUUUGGAAAGUCCUCAAAAUAGAUAUAACUUUCUCGUUCGACAUAAGCCAUUUUUUCAACUUUGAAAAUAAAUCACUAGGGACCAAAUCCAGUGAAUACGAUGGAUGCUGUAAUAAUUCCUACUUGAAUAAUUCCCCUUUAAAACAGCAGAGGUAUGUUUAAUCACUACUCGAGCUUCAAUUUUUUUUAUUCUUUUAAAUAAUCAUAGGCUUUUUUAACUCAAUCGACAAUAAAAAUAAAAACAUAUGAUCACCAAAACUCAACUAUCUAAACGUUCUCGUUGCAACGAGCGUCAUCUGUUGUACACUCUAAGGACUUAUUGAAUGCGCCACGCAAAAACGAAGCUUGGCACUGCUUUGUUUCCUUGAUUCAACUAACUCAAGAAAUGAAGCAUUUGAGUAUUUGAAACACUUUCGAUUGGACUUUGCAAAAGUUAUGUUGUGUUCCUAUUAAAAACACCACCACCUUUACUAGGGAAUUUUUGACAGCCAUCUGAAAUAUUGUAAAAUGAAGUGAUUUCUGAAAUCUUCUUGACAGUUCAUUUUGGUGAAAUUAUUAUUUUUUCGAUAUAUUCGAAAAUGUUGACGUCUCUCCUCUUUGCACUCGUAUAUUCCCUCACACAAGCUUGGACACCUAUAUGCAUGCAUAUAUUUAUAUUUUAAGAUAUUAUGUACAUUCUAAGCAAAAAGCUGUCUGCUUUUAAUGUUUUUUGAGCCUAGUAUAUAUUAUAUAUGAAUUGAAAAUGGUCUAAAUAUAUUAAAAUAAAAGAAGUAAAAGCAACAGUACAGUAUUUUAUGCAACGUACACAUUGAGUUAGCUUUCCAUAAUAUUUGUAAUUGUAAUACUUAGGCAAAUCUGCACAUAAGCCUGCACAAAUAUAUUAAUACAUAUUAGAAAUACACUUACACACAAUGAUCUUAAUUAAGCAUAAAUAUAUAAAGCAUACGUAUAUAAUAUUUAGGUACCUUUGUAUUUUAGACAGCUUUUUGCACCAAUUCAAUUUUAUAUUAGUGAUUUUAGUUUGUUACUCACCAGUUAUUCGUAUUGAAUAGAUAAUCGAAAAGUGAAUAUUUAGCGCUUAAAUAAAGAACGAAAAAUAAUAUUUAUCUUAUUGCAGCUGCAGCAGGUGUUUUUGCAUUCAUAUUAAUUUUAUAUACAUGUAUGUACGUAAGAUAUUUGUACUCUCUAAUAGUGUUGUCUUUUCUCGAAAAAAAAAUGCCAUUUCAUUAUACCUGUAUGUCGAUAUUAUGAAAAUAUUGCCAUAUGCCCUGUGAAAAUUUUUCGUAUUUCAUCUGAGAAUAGAACAAGAAAAAUAUGACACUCCUAUAAAUUAUACGAGCUGGCGCAAAAUUAGACAUUCAAUGAAUUUCAAUGAAAUGAAUGUAAAAAAGUAAUUUUGAGUGAUGCAAAUUUUAUUUUCGUUAAUUUAUAAAAGGUGGCACAAAAUUAAUCAUACAAUUUAUACAAAAUAAUAAAAAAAAUUAUUUCGAGUGAUGAAAGUUUGAUUUUUUUUUAACUUAUAAAAGGUGGCGCAAAAUGAAUUAUCCAAUUUUUACUAAAAAAAUUGGAUUUCGAGUGAUGAAGAUUUGAUUUUAUUUAUUUAAUGUAUACAAAAUUGUACGCAAAAUUAAUCAUCCAAUUUUUACUAAAUAAAAAACAAUAAUUUAGAGUGACGAAAAUUUUAUUUUUGUUAUUUAAUUUAUGCAAGGUGGCGCAAAAAUAAUAAUCCAAUUUUUACUAAAUAAAAAAAAUAAUUUAGAGUGACGAAGAUUUGAGUUUAUUUAUAUAAUUUGUACAAGGUGGCGCAAAAAUAAUAUUCAAAUUUUUGCUAAAUAAAAAAAUAAAUUGCAUAAAUUAAAUACAAAAAUAAAACUUCAUUACUCAAAAUUAUUUUUUUAUUUAAUUUAUGCAAGAUGGCGCAAAAUUAAUCAUCCAAUUUUUACUAAAUAAAAAAAAUGAACACGAGUGGUAAAAAUUUUAUUUUAUUUUAUUUGUAAA